AUGUACUUCGAUUACUCUCGGAAUAUUAGACUUGAUCCAGAUGAAGGCAAGUUUACACAUCAGUUGGAGAAAGUUGUAGAAGAAGCUUACAAACUGCAAGAGCUGUGCAGCCAGCUGUUUCUCUAUGAAAGCUCUGUCCUUUUUCGGGCAGAUUCUGUGACGUCAGAGAGGCCAUCAGAAUAUUAUGGGGACAGAAGAACUUUGAUAAGUGCUUCAUCAGUAGACAGCUUUGUGUCUGCACAUUCAGAGGUGGCAGACAUAUCAGACUUCGAUGAGUUUCUGGAGACUAGUGUUGAUUUACAACAUUUGGCACUCUACCAGACAGGUCUAAAGCAAUUUGAAAGUGGAAGCAUUCCUUUUCGAAUUUUAAGGACAGAAACCAUGAACUGCCAGUCAGAUAUAGAAUUCCUUGCUAAAGUUCACUGUCUCAGACUUGGGUUUCAGUAUUUGUUGGAAAAAGAAGAUGCUCGAACAUGGUUUGCAAAUGCAGGAGGACAGCUUCUAAAUGAUAUUUUGUGGUUUGCUGAACGUGAUCCCAAGGACUGUUUAGCUGCAUAUGAUAAUCUACUAGAUUAUGUUAAUGACCAGAAGAAUUGGAAGCAAAUGGAAGAAGAAUUACAAGGACGAGGAGUUAAAUGUCUUUCCUUCUAUGAUGUGGUGCUGGACUUUAUCCUUUUGGAUGCAUUUGAUGAUUUGGAAAACCCUCCUUCAUCAGUUCUAGCAGUAGUUCAAAACAGAUGGUUAUCUAGUGGAUUUAAAGAAACAGCUCUUGCUACUGCUGUAUGGUCGGUCCUCAAAGCGAAGCGUCAAAUGCUUAAGUUUCCAGAUGGAUUUAUUGCUCAUUUUUAUGGUGUUUCGGAACACCUGAGUCCUGUAUUGGCAUGGGGCUUUCUUGGACCAAAUGAGCAAUUGAAACAAGUUUGCCUGUUCUUCAAGGAUGAAGUGCUGGGAUUUUUAAGAGACAUUUUUAACUUUGGAAUUGUACGGUACACAAGAGUGGAAGAUCUUGCAGCUGACAUUGCCCAAAUAGCAGAGGAGAGGUACGACAGAGCUUGCCAAAGGCUGUCUUUAUAGCUGUGUAUAUAUUUUAGGUUAGGCUAGUUCAUUGUAAAAGAAAUCUUUAUGUAAAUUACUGCAUUGACAGCAUGUUGUUUAAUAAUACAUGGAAAUGUAAUGUUCUUGCACCAGAGACUGUUGUAGCAACUGUUCAAGAAAGAAGUAUAUAAAGGAUAAAAUAUGUAAAAUGUUGUAAUUUUAGCUUAUUGUAGUAUUAUAUAGUUUAAGUCAAAGCAUGGAAUGAUUUAAUUCUUAAAAAUAUUUACAUGCUAAACAAAGAAAAAUCUUUAUCUUGUUUAAAAAAUUCAAAAAGCAAAGUUGCAACUGCAAUACUUACCCUAAAUAAUUUUAUUUCAGUUAACAAAAAGGACCUUUUAACUAAUGAAAUGUUUGUAUUUAAAACAAAAAAAACAAUAACUGUAUGUAAUUAUUUUUGUCCAGUGUAUAAUAUUUCUGUGAAUGUCUUGUGACUUUUGGAUUAAAUGUUUUUUUAUUAAAAAAUCAUUAUUCUUCUUCUUUUACAAUAGGUUAUUGAAUAGAAUUACAGCAUUGAAUAUUUUUUGUUCUUUUAUUUUUAUUUCAAUUAUUUUUUUCAGCUGUUAAAUGUAUAAUCUGAAAAAUAAUUAAUAUAAAAGAUUUAAAAAAAUAUCUUCAUCAUUGUUGGCUGAAGCAUCAAUCCUUUGACUACAUUAACUUUAUAGAACAUUACUUUUUCAAGAGUCAAUUAUAAUUAGAUUAUGUUUUAAGUGUUUCAGUUCUAUACAUAAAAAUUAAGCUGACUGAAUAGAGUACUUGAAGUAAUAUGAUAAUGUGUUUUCUUGGUGUUAGAGAGGUCAAGUAAUAGUUAAUAACAGAGGUCAAGUACUAAACUUUUAGUUAGUUAUUAAUUUAUCUAUAUCAAGAUUAUUUCUUUAAGCUUUUUUUAAUGAUGUAAUUCAUAUUUUGAAAAUGUGGAAAACUCUUUGUGUAUUAUAGUGCUAUUAGCAACAAAUUUAUUCCAAGGCUGUUUAGUUAAAAGAACAUGAAGACUGUCUUAUUUUUUUAUGUGGUAAAAUGAAUCUGUGGAGUAUUGACAUGUUUUACCAAAGAAUUGUGUGAAUCUGUGCAAAUUUUGUAUUUGAUAGAGAAAAACUAAUAACUGAUGUGUAAACUCAGAAUUAAUGGGUGAAAGUUUGAUACCUUGUAAUUAUUGAUUUUAAAGUAAAACAAGAAAAAUUGUUGAAUGUUAUCUUCUGUAUUAUAAGUUAUCAUAUGCAUACUAUGGUGUUGUUCUGUUUAAGGAAUGUAAAUACAUUUGCUCUUUUAUCCCAAA